AUGAGAGAUCGGCCCGACAUCAGCAUCGAAAAAUACACCAUAUACUGCGGGGAUUCUGAUGAGAACAAAGUAGAUGGCUGCGCAAUAGCUGUGAGGAACGAUUGCAACAACCUGGUGGAGGAAUUUGGCUCAACGUCGUCUAGAUGCGCCUUUGUGCGACUGCGGGAUCGCCGAGGACGUGAACUCUGGAUCGACGCCUUCUAUGAUGAACUCAAUGCGUUGAUGUCUAAAAUACCAAGCCAGCAGGUGGUCAUCGUCGGAAUCGACGCAAAUGCGAAGAUGGGACUCGAACAGCAAUCCGAUGUGCUAGGAAAAUGGUAUUAUGCAGCGGAACGCACGUCGGACAACAGUGACCGUCUGGUCGACUUGUGCGAACCGACGGGCCUCAUCACCGCUUCCACGUUUAAGAGGAAUCAUCGACGCCAUCAGCUCACGUGGCAGGGGUCAACCCUUUUAACGCCUGAAGAGCAGCGCAAGCGGAAGAUGUGGACUCUCAAACUUCAGCUCGACUACACUCUGACGAGGAACAUUCCUCAGUCAGAUAUGCGAAAAUCUAGAGCUGUUUGGGACGUCGCGUUCGACUCUGACCACCGUCCAGUUCUUCUCAGCUUCAAGAUACGGUUCCACAAGAGAAACCGAGAAGUUCCUCUUCAACCGAAAAUCGACAUGGCAGGUCUGAAGGACGAUGAAUGCAGAACAAAAUUCCGCCAACGUGUGUCUAUUCAUGUUGGAGUACGGAACAGGAAUAAGCUUAGCGAUGCGGAUUCCUUCACGAAGCGCAUCCGGGACGCUGCAAGGGAAACGCUCCCACUUCUAUUUCCGCAGAACUUUCCCUUUGCAUCUGCAGAAACAAAAUCCACGUACAAUUCUGCAUGUGUUGCUUGCUUGAUUGAUGACAUGAAUCAACGAAUUGCUGCAGUUCGAACAUCAGCCGGAUGUACAACACCGUUUGAGGUCGUAACUGGAUACGUUGUUACAGUUGCGGAAAGGAGUACGAAACUUCCACAUGUUGUCAACCUUGUUGCAGAACCCUUCACGUUCAAUUUCGCCAUCGACUACAUUAUGCGAAGAACAGUAGAUCUGUAUCCUGCCGAUAUCAUUCUAGCACCAUCAGGACCCUCCUUGACAGAUCUCGAGUACGCUGACGAUGUUGUUACAAUUGCGGAAAGGAGUACGAAACUUCCACAUGUUGUCAACCUUGUGUCGAAGCUGGCUGCAGCUUAUGGACUACGUCUACGCCCUGAUAAAUGCAAGCAGAUGUGGAUCUCUUCGAGACCUCGAACAGGAAUCAGUGUGGACGGACAACCGAUAGAACUCGUCGAUGAGUUCUGUUACCUGGGCUGUACGCUGAAGAACAAUGGUAGCUACGGGAGAGAUGUUCAGCAAAGAUGCGCUCUGGCCACUUCUGCAUUCAACUCCUUAACGAAAUGCUUGUGGUCGACCCUCAUCACCAAGUAA